UCUACAUCUAGCAUAUAAGUGUGAAAAAUAAAGAAAAUUUUAGCUAUAAAAAAAAGUGAUGAACAGCAAUAACAGAUCAUAGUAACAUGUGAUCCUAUUUAUAUAUCUUAUUUUCCUUGCUUCCAAUUAGAAUUAGCCAUCCCAUCCCCAUCCCAUCAAUAGCUCACCCUUUUCUCUUCAUAACCUAAAAGUAAAAAAAAAAUGGCAUCUUAUCAAGAAACAAAGCUCCCUUUUCCACCCUCUUUCUCUCCAUAAUUUUCCUGAGAAUAUAUUCCAAUUUCCCUCUAAAACAAAAGGAAUCUCAUUUUCCUCUGUUUUCCACUUUCCAAUAAUCUAUAUCAUCUUAAUCUUCCUACCCAAUUCAUCGAUCCAUAAACAAAAUGGGAUACAAUAACAAUUCCGACGAAACCCAUGUUGAAUUAGGAGGUGUAGAAUCAUGGGUCAUCGCCGGAAUUCCAUUUAAAAGUUCAUUGAAACCGGUGGUUUUUACUUCUCCGGCGACAGAUAACAACAAAGAAGAAGAAUCUCCGACGACACCUACGUCGGAGGCGUCGAGAAUUCCCAGCCAACUUCCGCCGCCGCCGAGGAAACCAAAGACGGCGCCUUUGAAACGGUCAUAUAAUGGCGGUGGUGGUGGUAGGGUAUUCUUUAACCCACCUGACUUGGAGACUGUGUUUAUACGCAGAGUUCAUAUUUGAAAAAAAACCCUAAUCUUGAUUAAUUUGCAGGUUAGUUAAUUUUAAUUAAUUAAGACUAUAUUUAUCUUCUUUUUUUUCUUUUUUAUGUAAUUAGGGUUAAAUGGUUCUUAAUUAAUUAAUUAAUUAAUUAGAUCCAUCCUUCUUUUUAAGUUUGUGGAUGUAGAAUUUAUCAGUACUUGGUAAAUUAAUCAUGAUUUUAGUGUCAGUUUUAUUAUCUCAUUCCUUUAUAGAAAUCUGUUUGGAAUUUGUAAUAAUUCUUGAAUUAUUUAGAAGAUGUU